CACGAUAGCGGAAUGAUAGUGAAACGAUGACUCGCCAGUGUGGCCGCAUAGCGGUUCAACCUGAGAACUACAAUAAACGCGCGGUGCCGUGUUUGAUGAAAGUGCAAAGUUAGACCAAUUUCCGCACAAUGUCAACUAAUAUUAAUUACUAAUAAUGAACGGUCUUAUUGUGUGCUGCCGUCUAAGAAUAUAAUCGUCCGUCACUCGAUAUUGAACCACAGAACACACCUCUUACCUUAACGCGUAUAUAAAGCUUCUCCUCGGUCAAAUCAGAGCACAUUUUCGGCAGAUUUUCUACAAGAGCGUACUGUUCCAGCGACGAGACGAAAGCUCAUCCAGAUGGCCAAUAAACCUAUAUUCGCCCUUUUCGUUCUAUCGUUGGUUACAAGUACCGUGCUGUGCCAAACCUUCCAAUAUAGUCGCGGAUGGACCAACGGCAAGCGAUCCGAAUUUCCGAACACGGCGGAAAUCUCCAAUCUGGGGAACGAACGUUUCACCAGCGGCGAAUUCAAGACAUUGAAGAUGCUGUUGCACGGGAACGCCGACGAGCAACCGCUGUUGAUCAGCAGUGAUUUCAUGGAAAAACUGAGAAAACUCGCUCAGAAGGUUAAUUAUAUUCUUCAACUGCGCCAGGAAAAGGGACAGAAUGACGAUAAUUACUGAACGGUCGUCACACAUUGAUUAUGAUUGUCGCAAGAAAGUACUCGACAUGUAAUUUAGGCAUUUAAUCAAAACAAAAUAAACGAACAUCGCUAAAUUA